UAAACAGCGUCCUUACAUUCCUCACCGCAAAGCUUCUGGCAAGAUGUACUGUACUGUACCACCCACAACACAACGCAUCGUCCACUCUGGGUCCCCCCUCGCCGUUGUAGUCCACCAUCCGCCAACAUGUCCAACAUGUCCGACAUAUUCGACGACGAUAAUCGAUUAUGACAGCGACACCGAGCCGUCCCUCACAGACUGGGAAGACACAAACAGAGAGAAUCUAGUGUCAUUCCUAAGGAAUCCGCAGUGGUCCCACGCACUGCCUAAGCUUGUGCUUUACGAGAGUGAUCUUCUCCAAGACCAUCCCGGUGCGAAGGAGGAGGACGGCCUGGCCUGUCACGACGGGAGCGUCGAUCAGACUCUCCACGACCCCAGUCCAAUUUCCUUGGCCUUCAUUGCAGGUGCUGGAUUUUUACUUUUGUUCUCGUUUGCCUGUUUUCCUUCCAUUCGUUCGAACCUGUUCAAGAUGGCGGAUCAGCCUUUGCUCAAGGAAAGGCUUACCUCUCAUGUAUACAUAUAUAAAGAACGCCCUGUCUACAACUAUAUAUAGAUGUACCCGCCAUAUCAAUUUGGUGAUCCGAUUCGGAUCUGAAUUUCAUUGCAGAUGACCUCCCGCGGUUGAUGUGACGGGUAUGAGUACCACUUUAGGUGUAAGUUUUGGGAUGGUUGAAGGCGUCCAGGCUCGAGGACGGCCUCCUGCGGACUUCAGCCACGCAACCGGACUGACCUUUGAUUGGCUAACCAGGUUCGGCGAGACGAGAUCACUCUGUGAGGAGUGCAUCGAGGGAAUGGAG